GCCAUGCGGUCAAGGAAGCGAGCGUCCGCCCAAAAACCGUGUGCUUGCGGGUAAUUUUACCCAGGUCUAAAUUUCCCAGAGUAUCUUAGAAAGUUCUAGAUGUUUGCGAGGAGACCUGCGGAGAGCAGGGAAGCCGGAUCCCGGACUCCGAGGCGGGGCGGGCUCGAGUUACUGCUGCACUACCAUCCUGGCCAUCCGCGACUCCUCCGAGAGCUUGCAUCAAGGCGGCCCAGUGGUGUACAGGGCAGUGGCGGCUCCGCCCAGCGCAGUCCCGGGUAGCGCCGUGACCAUCCAGAAAUGCUUGUCUCCUGCUGUUGGUGAAUAAGUGCAAACCAUGGAUCAUGCUGAAGAAAAUGAAAUCCCUGUGGCAACCCAGAAGUACUAUGUAGAAAGGCCUAUCUUUAGUCAUCCUGUCCUCCAGGAGAGGCUGCAUGUCAAGGACAAGGUCUCAGAUUCCAUUGGGGAUAAGUUGAAACAGGCAUUCACAUGUACUCCUAAAAAAAUAAGAAACAUCAUUUACAUGUUCUUGCCCAUCACUAAGUGGCUGCCAGCAUAUAAAUUCAAGGAGUAUGUGUUGGGUGACUUGGUCUCAGGCAUAAGCACUGGGGUGCUUCAGCUUCCCCAAGGCUUAGCCUUCGCAAUGCUGGCAGCUGUACCUCCAGUGUUUGGCCUAUACUCUUCAUUUUACCCUGUUAUCAUGUACUGUUUCUUUGGAACCUCCAGACACAUAUCUAUAGGCCCUUUUGCUGUUAUUAGCUUGAUGAUUGGUGGUGUGGCUGUUCGGUUAGUACCAGAUGAUAUAGUCAUCCCUGGAGGAGUAAAUGCAACCAAUGGCACGGAAGCCAGAGAUGCGUUAAGAGUGAAAGUCGCCAUGUCUGUGACCUUACUUUCAGGGAUCAUUCAGUUUUGCCUAGGUGUCUGUAGGUUUGGAUUUGUGGCCAUAUACCUCACGGAGCCUCUGGUGCGAGGGUUUACCACCGCGGCCGCUGUGCAUGUGUUCACCUCCAUGUUAAAAUACCUGUUUGGGGUUAAAACAAAGCGGUACAGUGGGAUCUUUUCAGUGGUGUAUAGUACAGUUGCUGUGUUGCAGAAUGUUAAAAACCUCAACGUGUGUUCCCUAGGCGUCGGCCUGAUGGUUUUUGGUUUGCUGUUGGGUGGCAAGGAGUUUAAUGAGAGAUUUAAAGAGAAAUUGCCAGCACCCAUUCCUCUAGAGUUCUUUGCUGUAGUGAUGGGAACUGGCAUUUCCGCAGGGUUUAACUUGCAAGAAUCCUACAGUGUGGAUGUCGUUGGAACUCUUCCUUUAGGACUCCUUCCUCCCGCCAACCCGGACACCAGCCUCUUCCACCUCGUGUAUGUGGAUGCCAUUGCCAUAGCCAUCGUUGGAUUUUCAGUGACCAUCUCCAUGGCUAAAACAUUGGCAAAUAAGCAUGGCUACCAGGUUGAUGGCAACCAGGAGCUCAUUGCCUUGGGGAUCUGCAACUCCAUCGGAUCUCUCUUCCAGACGUUUUCAAUCUCAUGCUCCUUGUCUCGAAGCCUUGUUCAGGAGGGGACAGGAGGGAAGACACAGCUUGCAGGUUGUCUGGCCUCGUUAAUGAUUCUACUGGUCAUAUUAGCCACAGGAUUCCUCUUUGAGUCUCUGCCCCAGGCUGUGCUCUCUGCCAUUGUGAUAGUCAACUUGAAAGGAAUGUUUAUGCAGUUCUCAGAUCUGCCCUUCUUCUGGAGAACCAGCAAAAUAGAGCUGACCAUCUGGCUUACCACCUUCGUGUCUUCCCUGUUUCUGGGGCUGGACUAUGGACUGAUUACUGCUGUGAUCAUUGCCCUGCUGACUGUGAUUUACAGAACACAGAGUCCAAGCUACAAAGUCCUGGGGCAGCUCCCUGACACAGAUGUGUACAUUGACAUAGAUGCAUAUGAAGAGGUGAAAGAAAUUCCUGGAAUAAAAAUAUUCCAGAUAAAUGCCCCAAUUUACUAUGCAAACAGUGACUUGUAUAGCAACGCAUUAAAAAGAAAGACUGGAGUGAAUCCAGCACUUAUAAUGGGAGCAAGAAGAAAGGCCAUGAGGAAGUACGCGAAGGAAGUUGGAAAUGCCAAUGUGGCCAAUGCUACUGUUGUCAAAGUGGAUGCAGAAAUAGAUGGAGAAGAUGCUAAGAAGCCUGAAGAAGAAGAUGAUGAAGUAAAAUAUCCCCCAAUAGUCAUCAAAACAACAUUUCCUGAAGAGAUGCAGAGAUUUAUGCCCCAGGGGGAAAAUGUUCACACAGUCAUUCUUGACUUUACACAAGUCAAUUUUAUCGAUUCUGUUGGAGUAAAAACUCUGGCUGGGAUUGUGAAGGAAUAUGGAGAUGUUGGUAUUUAUGUGUACUUAGCCGGAUGCAGCCCACAAGUUGUGAAUGACCUCACCCGCAACCGUUUUUUUGAAAAUCCCGCCUUAAAAGAGCUUCUAUUCCACAGUAUUCAUGACGCAGUCUUAGGCAGCCAGGUCCGAGAGGCGAUGGCCGAGCAAGAAACCUCAGCUCCUUCUCUCCAGGAUGAUAUGGAGCCCAAUGCCACACCCACACCUGAGGCAUAAAGGACCCCCGGGGUUGUGUGACUCUCCUGAAUUGUAAGCUUACACACUUUAAGUGCGAGGCUGUA